GAAAUUUCCCCCCAAGCUGCCGGCGACUUCCUCCCUUGAAAAACCGGUAAAGCUUGAUGAUUUUCCCUUAUUUUCUUGUCCAAGAACUUGAUUUGGAACCCAGAAAUCUCUCCCCCCUGCAGGAGCUUCCGGAUCUACCUUGCUCUGCUUCUUCACCGCCGGCUGCUCUUGCUUUGUGGGGGCGAAUUGGCUUGUUCCCUGCAGAAAUUCCCCAAAUUCCAGCCGGCUUCUUCCCCCUUGCACUGCCGCCGGCCUCCCCUAACCUGCAGUCCGGUUCCUUGCUUGCAAAUUCUGGAAGCGAAACCGAGGACGAGGAAACCACGGGAAGUGACGAGUUAAAAAGCUAGCCAUUUCAGGAUUGAUAUAGAUUUUAGAAAUAAAUCAUGAUCUUGUAUUUGGAGAUUUUAAUUGGAGAUUUAUGAUAUCAGAGUAAAUUUUAAAGAUUUGA